ACAUGGUCUCCGGGAAAAGUCUUCAAGAUAUCCAUGCAGACUCUGGAGUGCCUGUUUUUUUUAGUGACCUCAGGGUACGCCCUGCAUUGUUGACGCCCAGUACAAUUAUCAAGGGUGAAGACAUAGGUGGGAUAAUGUGUCUGUAGGACGGAACAAACAAAUAAUCAAGCUAAAACGUACCUCUUAUAAUACAAAAAAGUAAAAUGUCUAGUCGGGUAAGACCUGGCUACUGCCGUCAAGACGUCAACAAGACCACAUGGGAGGUACCGGAGCGUUACAGGGAUUUGAAGCAGGUGGGAACGGGAGCGUACGGUACAGUAUGCUCAGCAAAGGAUUUGAGGACGGGAACCAAAGUGGCGAUCAAGAAGCUUCACAGGCCCUUCCAGACAGAGCUCUUUGCCAAGAGGGCUUACAGAGAGCUGAGACUACUCAAACACAUGAAACAUGAAAACGUGAUUGGCCUUGUCGAUGUGUUUACCGCAGACUUGUCUCUAGAUAGAUUCCAUGACUUUUACCUCGUAAUGCCUUACAUGGGGACGGACCUGGGCAAACUGAUGAAGCUACAGAGGCUCUCGGAGGACAAAAUUCAGUACUUGGUUUAUCAGAUGCUUAAAGGGCUAAAGUAUAUUCAUUCUGUUGGUAUAAUUCACAGGGACCUGAAACCAGGAAACCUGUCUAUCAACCAAGACUGUGAGCUCAGGAUCUUGGACUUUGGUUUAGCACGGCAGGCCGACAGUGAAAUGACGGGCUAUGUGGUGACCCGCUGGUACAGAGCUCCAGAGGUCAUCCUGAGUUGGAUGCACUACACCCAGACUGUGGACAUCUGGUCCGUGGGAUGCAUCAUGGCAGAGAUGCUCCAGGGGAAGCCUCUCUUUAAGGGAAGCGACCACCUGGAUCAACUGAGUGAGAUCAUGAAGAUCACAGGAACCCCCACUCAGGAGUUUAUCUCCAAGCUAGAAUCCCCGGACGCCAAAAGCUACAUCAAAGGUCUUCCGAAAGUGGAAAAGAAAGACCUCAAAGACGUUCUCUCCACAGCAAACCUGCUAGCCGUCUCGGUGCUGGAGCGGAUGUUACUGCUGGACCCGGAGAGCCGGGCGACCGCGGCCGAGGCCCUGACGCUGCCUUACUUCUCGGACCUGGGGGAGGCGGAGGACGAGACGCAGCCCCAGCCGUACGACCACUCGCUGGACAACGCAGAGCUGACCCUGGACCAGUGGAAACGUCACACAUUCACAGAGAUUUUGACUUUCAAGCCCGUGGUUAUGGAGUCCAGGGAAACCUCACUGUAAAAUGUAUAUAUAUAUACCACACACACACACACACACACACACACACACACACACACACACACACACACACACACACACACACACACACACACACACACACACACACACACACACACACCUGGAUUUUGCUACGAGGGCUUUAGACUGCAAUGAUAUUUGCCAUUGUGGUUGUGUGUCUGUGACAUCCAAUCUUGGGUACUCUCCAGUAUGUCGAUUUACUGAAUCCUGUAGAAGCCUGCAAAGCCAUGAAUAGCUCAGUUACAGAACUGUUUAUCAUUUUUGUACACUUCAAAAAAUGCAAGUACGACCACUCGCGACCACUGUAUCAAAUCAUGUAUGUGAUUUGAUGCAUCAAAUCACAUACAUCGCUUUUUUGGCCGAUUUUCUUUGGGUUUUGAAAGUUGGUCUUGUUAUACAAAGAUAGUACAAGCUUUAUUAAUUAAACCAUUGAUAAUUUCCCCUGUGUCUUUAAGAAAUACUGACUUGAGUGAGGGAUUUGGGAGGGAACCUGGUACGUUUGCACACGUAUGCAUCAAGUGUGGAUGAGCUUUACUUGUACUAGUGGUAAUGUGCAUUCAUCCAAUAUCCUUAAUAAGAAUAAUGCUGGGAUAAGAGCAGAGGCCAUAAAACAAAUUUUGCACAUGUUACGCACAUUUAUUGAUUCUGUACAUACACCAAAGAUUGUCUUUUUUUUAAUUGCUCUUUUUUAAAUAAUCAAAUGUUCCAUGUGAAUAAUUGUUUCUAGAUUCACUGUGUUUAUUUACAACUAGAACUUUCAACGUGGAUAAUAAAACAUGGAAACAUUGCACUGUAGAUUAUAAAUGUCUCUGUAACACAUACUCCGCUGAACAGUAGUUGGAGGCAAAUAGACACACUAGGUGACACACUGUGGUCCUAUUGCUCUUAAUAGAUCCUAUUUAUGUAUAGCCUCGUUAGACAGUCCUGUUAUUCAUGUUUUGGUUUCAUGAUGAAUUUCAGUCUGGCCUUGCCUGGGAAGCAAUUGAUAUCCCAAUACGGUCAAAGACUUUUUGACGAUUGUUCCAUUCGAGUGACGCGUGUGUUGUCUUGGCUCUUGCCAGUCCAGAUAAAUGUACUUUGAAUAAAAACGGUUUUGUUUGCUACACUUUC